UCUCCCACCGAUGGACGUGAAAUGCAGAAGUGUGCAACCGUUGAACAGUUGGAGAAGUUGGCGCUACGUUUUCGCACGUCAAUUUGACGUGCAGGUUUUUGACUUCGGGACGUCGGCGACGUGUCGAGAGGGAGCCGCUCUAACUUGAAGGAUGUACUUUUGUUAAAUGGUUCUCUGUGCUGCCGGCCAGGUCAUCGAACUACGUAGACGCGGAGCGGUGUGGUCUCAUUUGGUUCAGCGGACAGGAAGAGCACGCAAGCGGCCACGGGACUGUUGCCUCAGCAGACACAUUUCUGCAUGCAUGCUCUCCUCUGUGCACACACAUUUGGAAUAACCUGCAUCUGUCGAACUUUAAGGUUCAAGACCUCUCUGCUUCGCGCCGUGGGCACAAUUGCACGCUGAUCACAUUUCAUACAGUUCUCAAAAGUUGCAAAGGGUAAGGUGAAGGAAUUGAUUAAAAAAAAGGUUGUAACUGAAGCUCUAUGAUGCAUUCUAGUAGGCCUAAGCUUAGGCUUAAUUACAAUUAAGCUGCACUUUAUUGGAUUCACCCAAAAUCGCCAGCGAAUUGAAUCGUAUUAUUACCACUAUUACUAUUAUUAUUACUAUUACUACUACUAUUACUACUACUACUACCAUUAUUACUACUCGUUAGAUUAUCCAGUGGGUGAGUAACCAUCACACUAGUGACUCCCCUCUCCCCUCACCCUAUCUAACCAAAUGUGAAUUUAGACAGUUCAAUGAAGAGGAAAAAGAGACCCAUGACAUGCACUGUCCCCAGCCUGGGAGCCCGCUGUGAGAGCGUGUAGAGUCAGGACCAACAUGCUGCCCCUCGCUGCUGGUACUGUGAGUGGGAUCCACCAGCAAACAAACACAUCCCGCCUGAGGGCUGACCUGACACACACCAUACCUCAUCCCCUGACCCCGUCUCCACUCAGAUAGGAGAGUCACCAAGGCACCGGUUAUGGGCAGCUCUUCCAGCAAGGCAGAGGAGGAGGCGGAGGAGAAGGAGGAGGCGAAAGAGGAGGAUGAGGAGACGGCAGAGGAUAUUGCAGAAAGGGCUGAAGCGAGGCACAGGAAGGAGGAGGAAGAGGAAGGGGAGCUGCCCCUAGGGGUCGACGAUAUGCUGGACAGCGGCGACCCCGUGCUGGACUUGUGCUACCGUAAAUUCAAGAAGCUGCCCUGCCGGGUGUACACACUGAUGCACCUGGAGAAGAUCUACGCCUGCGGGAACCGCCUGAGGACCCUUCCGGAGCGCAUCGCCAACCUGCAGGGCCUGCGCACCCUGGCGCUGGACUUCAACAAGAUGGAGGACGUGCCCCCGGCCGUGUGCCAGCUGGUCAACCUCACCUGCCUCUACAUGGGCAGCAACCGGCUGGUGUGCCUGCCGCCCGAGGUGCGCAACCUGCAGAAGCUGCGCUGCCUGUGGAUCGAGAGCAACUACUUCCAGUACUUCCCCAAGCAGCUGUACGAGCUACCCCACCUGCGCUCGCUGCAGAUCGGGGACAACCGCAUGAAGAAGCUGCCCAGCGACCUGGUGCGCAUGGAGUCCCUGAAGGGCCUGUGGGUGUACGGCAACCGCUUCGAGGAGUUCCCCAAGGUGCUGCUGCGCAUGGAGGGCCUGGAGGUGCUGGACCUGGACAAGAACAAGAUCUCCAACUUCCCCAGCCUGCGCCGUCUCCCCACCCUGCAGCUGCUCUCCUACGACCACAACCCCGUGGAGGGGCCUCCCCGGGUGGGCGAGGAGGUGACAUUGGUGGGAGAGGGGGCGGCCGAGGCCAUGCAGGAGCGGGAGGACAAGAAGGAGCGGCGGAGGAGGGCGAAGGAGGAGGCGGCGGAGCAGCUGGCGCUGGCGGAGGAGGAGGAGCGGGUCAUCCACGGAAUCCUGAAGAACAGCGGCGCCAGCCCCGGGCGUGUGGCGAACGAGGCCGACGGAGACGGGGACGCUGCCGCCGACGGAGAGGAGGCGCCGGAGGAAGAGGAGGAGGUGGAGGAGGAGGAGGAGGAGGAGGAGGAGAGCAGCCCGUCGGAGCGAGCGGGCAUGGAGUACGACAGCACCGGGCUGGAGUACGACGAGGAGGGGGUGGAGUACGAGACGGAGGAGCUGAUCUGCGAGGCGGAGGGUCUGGAGUACGAGGGGGACGCGCUGGAGUACGACAGGGGCCGGAUGGACUAUGAGUACGAGGAGCGGGAGGAGGUUGAGGGGACAGGGAGACAAAAUGGAGGGCGCUAGGAGCGCCGCGGGCUCUGAUGGCGAGCCAUGAAGGAAUGAUGACACUGCUUUUUCGGCUGAGGCAAAAGUUGCAUUGGGAUUGUAGUAAAAAGCUUUUUAGUGUUGUGAAUCGGAUGGUGCUGCUAAUGUGUAACUUAUUAACUGACCUGUGAAAAUGAGUGAACUGGACAUUAUGAAAUAAUGGACUGAAGCACUUUUAACAUCUCCAAUCAUUUGCUAAUUGACAAGUCAGCAGAGGCCUCAGGUGACGGUUCGAUGUGUGCUCUCUGAGCACCCUGUGUGUGUUUGUGGAUGCAUCUUUUUAGUUUGUCUCUUCAAGGAAAGGAUAUAAUUUACAAAACAACUGAUACAAUGUGAUGGGGUUUUUCUAUUCUACUGAGUGUGAAUAAUAUAACUUUCUUAUUAAAUAUUUA